CCCCGCGGCAGCCGGGCGGCGCAGGUGAGGCCGGCCGCGCCAUGGUGGACCCGGUGGGCUUCGCCGAGGCGUGGAAGGCGCAGUUCCCGGACUCGGAGCCGCCGCGGAUGGAGCUGCGCUCGGUGGGCGAUAUCGAGCAGGAGCUGGAGCGCUGCAAGGCCUCCAUCCGGCGCCUGGAGCAGGAGGUGAACCAGGAGCGCUUCCGCAUGAUCUACCUGCAGACACUGCUGGCCAAGGAGAAGAAGAGCUACGACCGACAGCGCUGGGGCUUCCGGCGCGCGGCGCAGCCCCCCGACGGCGCCGCCGAGCCCCGCGCGCCGCGCCCCCAGCCCGCGCCAGCCGACUGUGCCGACCCGCCGCCCGCCGACGAGCCCGAGGCCCGGCUCGACGGGGAGGGCUCCCCGGGCAAGGCCAGACCCGCGGCCACUCGCAGGCCCGGGGCCGCCGCUCCCGCGGACCACGACGACCGCGGGCCCCCCACCAGCGUGGCGGCCCUGCGUUCCAAUUUCGAGAGGAUCCGCAAGGGCCCUGUCCAGCCGGCGGCAACGGACGCUGAGAAGCCCUUCUACGUGAACGUCGAGUUCCACCACGAGCGCGGCCUGGUGAAGGUCAACGACAAAGACGUGUCGGACCGCAUAAGCUCCCUGGGCAGCCAGGCCAUGCAGAUGGAGCGCAAGAAGUCCCAGCAGGGCGCGGGACCCGGCCCUGGGGACCCGCCCAGGCCCUCCUACCGAGGGCGCCUCUCCGAGAGCAGCUGCGGCCUCGACGGCGACUUUGAGGACGCGGAGCUGAACCCGCGCUUCCUGAAGGACAACCUGAUCAACGCCAAUGGCGGCAACAGGCCCCCCUGGCCGCCCCUGGAGUACCAGCCCUACCAGAGCAUCUAUGUCGGGGGCAUGAUGGUGGAAGGGGAGGGCAAGGGCUCGCUCCAGCGCAGCCAGAGCACCUCGGAGCAGGAGAAGCGCCUUACCUGGCCCCGGAGGUCCUACUCCCCUCGGAGCUUUGAGGACAGCGGAGGCGGCUACACCCCAGACUGCAGCUCCAAUGAGAACCUCACGUCCAGCGAAGAGGACUUCUCCUCGGGCCAGUCCAGCCGCGUGUCCCCGAGCCCCACUACCUACCGCACGUUCCGGGACAAGAGCCGCUCACCCUCGCAGAACUCCCAGCAAUCCUUCGACAGCAGCAGCCCCCCCACGCCCCAGUGUCAGAAGCGGCACCGGCAGGGCCCGGUGGUCGUGUCCGAGGCCACCAUCGUGGGCGUCCGCAAGACGGGGCAGAUUUGGCCCAGCGAUGGGGACAGCUUGUCCAGCAGGCUGCUUCAAGACGGCGCCUUCCAUGGAGACGCAGAUGCACCAUUCGGGACGCCGCCGGGGUACGGCUGUGCCACGGACCGGGCCGAGGAGCAGCGCCGGCACCAGGACGGGCUGCCCUACAUGGAUGACUCACCCUCCUCCUCGCCCCACCUCGGCAGCAAGGGCAGGGGCAGCCGGGAUGCACCGGAGUCCACCAAAGUGAGUGAGCUGGACUUGGAAAAGGGCUCAGAGAUGAGGAAAUGGGUCCUGUCUGGAAUCCUGGCUAGCGAGGAGACUUACCUGAGCCACCUGGAGGCGCUGCUGCUGCCCAUGAAACCUUUGAAGGCUGCUGCCACCACCUCUCAGCCGGUGCUGACGAGCCAGCAGAUCGAGACCAUCUUCUUCAAAGUGCCUGAGCUCUAUGAGAUCCACAAGGAGUUCUACGACGGGCUCCUCCCCCGCCUGCAGCAGUGGAGCCGCCAGCAGCGCGUGGGCGACCUCUUCCAGAAGCUGGCCAGCCAGCUGGGUGUGUACCGGGCCUUUGUGGACAACUACGGAGUUGCCAUAGAAACGGCUGAGAAGUGCUGUCAGGCCAACGCUCAGUUUGCAGAAAUCUCUGAGAACCUGAGAGCCAGAAGCAACAAGGAUGCCAAGGACCAAACGACCAAGAACUCUCUGGAAACCCUGCUCUACAAGCCUGUGGACCGGGUCACGAGGAGCACACUGGUCCUGCAUGACUUGCUGAAACACACCCCCUCUAGCCACCCCGACCACCUGCUGCUGCAAGACGCCCUCCGCAUCUCGCAGAACUUCCUGUCCAGCAUUAACGAGGAGAUCACGCCCCGCCGGCAGUCCAUGACCGUGAAGAAGGGAGAGCACCGGCAGCUGCUGAAGGACAGCUUCAUGGUGGAGCUGGUGGAGGGGGCCCGCAAGCUGCGGCACGUCUUCCUCUUCACUGACCUGCUCCUGUGCACCAAGCUCAAGAAGCAGAGCGGAGGCAAAACCCAGCAAUAUGACUGCAAAUGGUACAUCCCGCUCACGGAUCUCAGCUUCCAGACAGUAGACGACGCGGAAGCCACACCCAACAUCCCCCUGGUGCUGGAUGAGGAGCUGGAUGCCAUGAAGAUCAAGAUCUCCCAGAUCAAGAGUGACAUCCAGAGAGAGAAGAGAGCGAACAAGGGCAGCAAGGCCAUCGAGAGGCUGCGGAAGAAGCUCUCGGAGCAGGAGUCGCUGCUCUUGCUCAUGUCCCCCAGCAUGGCCUUCCGCGUGCACAGCCGCAACGGCAAGAGUUACACAUUCCUGAUCUCAUCCGACUAUGAGCGGGCCGAGUGGAGGGAGAACAUCCGGGAGCAGCAGAAGAAAUGUUUCAAGAGUUUCUCCCUCACGUCCGUGGAGCUGCAGAUGCUGACCAACUCGUGCGUCAAGCUUCAGACCGUCCACAGCAUCCCACUGACCAUCAACAAAGAAGGAGGACGGACGCUCACCUCUCUGGUCUCUCGCACAGAUGAUGAAUCUCCCGGGCUCUACGGCUUCCUGAAUGUCAUCGUCCACUCCGCCACUGGCUUUAAGCAGAGUUCUAGUCUGUACUGCACCCUGGAGGUGGAUUCCUUUGGCUACUUUGUAAAUAAGGCCAAGACACGUGUCUACAGGGACACGGCUGAGCCCAACUGGAAUGAGGAGUUUGAGAUCGAACUGGAAGGCUCACAGACCUUGAGGAUACUGUGCUACGAGAAGUGUUACAACAAAAGCAAGAUCACCAAGGAGGACGGCGAGAGUGCAGACAGGAUCAUGGGGAAGGGCCAGGUGCAGCUGGACCCCCAGGCCCUGCAGGACAGAGACUGGCAGCGGACCAUCAUCGCCAUGAAUGGGAUUGAAGUGAAGCUGUCAGUCAAGUUCACCAGCAGAGAGUUCAGCUUGAAAAGGAUGCCUUCCCGAAAACAGACGGGCGUCUUCGGAGUCAAGAUCGCCGUGGUCACCAAGAGGGAGCGUUCCAAGGUGCCCUACAUCGUGCGCCAGUGCGUGGAGGAGAUCGAACGCCGGGGCAUGGAGGAAGUGGGCAUCUACCGCGUGUCCGGAGUGGCCACCGACAUCCAGGCACUGAAGGCGGCUUUUGACGUCAACAACAAGGAUGUGUCGGUGAUGAUGAGCGAGAUGGACGUGAACGCCAUUGCCGGGACGCUGAAGCUCUACUUCCGAGAGCUGCCUGAGCCCCUCUUUACCGACGAGUUCUACCCCAACUUCGCCGAGGGCAUCGCUCUCUCAGACCCCGUGGCAAAGGAGAGCUGCAUGCUUAACCUGCUGCUGUCACUCCCGGAGGCCAACCUCCUGACAUUCCUCUUCCUUCUGGACCACCUGAAAAGGGUGGCAGAAAAGGAGACAGUGAACAAGAUGUCCCUGCACAACCUCGCCACGGUGUUCGGCCCCACGCUGCUCCGGCCCUCGGACAAGGAGAGCAAGCUCCCCCCCAACCCCAGCCAACCCAUCUCCAUGACCGACAGCUGGUCCCUGGAGGUCAUGUCCCAGGUCCAGGUGCUGCUGUACUUCCUGCAACUGGAGGCCAUUCCUGCCCCAGACAGCAAGAGACAGAGCAUCCUCUUCUCCACCGAAGUCUAAAGGCCCAACUCCACCUCCAAAAUGGCGGCAGAACGGCCUGGGAACCUCCGAGGGAAACGGGCUAUCCACAGAGCAGGAACCCAACCUUCUAGAGGAGUCAUUAGGCCACCCCCCAGGGCCAGGUUGCUGCCAAGAGACAACUACCCAAGGCAAAAGGCCAAGUGGCCUGGGCAGUUCCAGGCCCACCUUCGGUGGGGCCUGGGAACUCUGGGCUGGCCUCAGACUGUGAUUUUCUACGCCGCCACCAGAGGGCGCCCCAAGCCAGCCCUCGUGUCUCCGGUCACGGGCCUGGGCGGGACCAGGCAAAGGGAGUGGUAUUUACGCAUUUAACUUAUGAGAGUUUAAAGAUUUCUACUGGAUCACCUGUCGAGAUGCACCCUCUCCAGGGAGAAGGGAACAGGAGCAGAUUCCCUUGGUAUCGUGUCUUGAAUAAAUACUGCUGCUGCUUCGUGCCCAGGGGCCAGGCCCUGUCCAGCGUGGGUGGGGGCGUUUCGAUUUCCCAGACUUAGAAAUUGGACUCCUGUUUGUAACAGGUUUGAAAAGCUAAAUCUACACUGUGUAGCGCUUGACCCCUUUCACCUCCUUUCUUCUUUCUUUCUAGAAGGAUUUGUGCAGAAAUGGGUCUUCUUCCUGUUCUAUCCUGUUGCUUUGUUUUUGCUGAUCACGUGCCCCUCGGAAGGCAGCUCCCUGCGGAGCUGCGUAAUGUCCAGGACCGGACACCAGGGGAGGGAGGCCCAGGCUGCGCACUUUAUGGCUGGUUGUCUAGGGAGAGUGAUCCUGUUCACCAUCCCGACUACCCCACCGGGCACGCACUCUCCUCAUCAGCUCAGAAAGGCCUUGAUCUCUGGCCUCCUCCGGCCUGUGGCCCAUCUACCCCCAAAUCUCCCUUCCCCUAAUCGUGUCCCGCCCCCCCCCCCCCAAGAUCGCUUCAUUCCUCACUCUUUGCUACACACACUCAGCAAACUUUUGUAAAGUUUUCCUCUGGGCGGCGGCAGCUUACCGACAGCUUGUUUUAAACUUUGAUCUGAAUAGCCUUUUGAUACUUGAAUAUUUUUAAGUUUUAUACAUAGUUUCUAAUUUUUUUCCUAACAGAUUCAGAUUCCUAAUAAGAUAUUAGAAUGUACUCUGUGGACAAUCUAUGUCCCAGCGGCAUCUCGUCUUCCUCUAAGCGCCAGCUCUGUUUCCAGCAGGAGCCACUUCUGAAGUCUCCUGAGCAUCUGGAAUUGGGGUUGGGGGGGAAUUAGGAACAGGCUGGGCCGAGGGUAGGGGCUCCCAUCCCGAAGCAGGUGGAAGGACAGAGCCCCCCACGCUCCACACACCUGUGCGGAAGCCAGCAUGCGCCUGGUAACCCUCCUGACCAUCUGACUUAGAGGAAAGAGAACUGGGGAAACCACUAAGUAUUUUGAAGAAACAAGUCUGUGAAGAAUUGCAUCACUUUUUUCAAAAAAGGGAUGAGGGCGAGGAGAGAAGAAACUUCCAUGCUGGACUUGCAGGAAGAGAGGAUGUAGCUGAACCGGAGGAGGGAAGCGGUGGCAUCACUCAGGAAAAGGCGUUUGCUUGUCACGCGAUUAGACCAGUAACAGGUAGCACUGUCCAAGACCCUUCCCAUGUCCCUGGCGGGGUGGGAAGGCUCAGCUGGUGUGUCAGCGGGCUGCUCCUGCCCGAGGUCACGGCACACAGGGGGCCACGUGCCCCCCCAACUCUACCCUCUGCUCACGGACCUGCGGAGCCAGGGACAGAAAAAGAAGUCACUCGAAGGUCUUAAGUCUGCAUACUGUAUUUAUUUAGUUGUACUUUUUUCUUGUGAGGAGAGCAGACCCACAGUUUUAAAGCAGUGCUGCUCUCCUGGGGGAUGAGGGCGGGGAGCAGGGUCUUCUGUGCUUUGCACGUCUCUGGGAUCCAUGGGUUUCCCGGGCCUCCAGUCCCUGGCCUCUUCUGGCCUGGCUUCCCAUCCCCGUCUGGCCCUGCAGGGGGAACACACUUUACUUAGAAAAGCUAGACCUGGCCCCGGUUUCUUUUUCCCUGGAGUCUCAUGAUUUGCGUCUGUCGCAUUGAAACUGGAAAGCAAUCUCUCAGUGUCUGUGCCAAUUUUCGUUCCCUCCCCCCAUCUCCUUCGUCUAUUUGCUUUUUAUUUAUGUAGGAUACGUGGUGUUUAGUGAUGGAACGACCACUCUUUCUUGUUCAGCUGUCAAAGCACUCCUUUGCCGAGCCUCAGUGGUGGUGGUCGCUUUGGGUCGCUGGGCGCCCCUGUCGUCCGUCUGACACUCAGGCCUGAGGGUCGGCAAAGCCGGUGGGCAGGUGAUUACCUGGAGGCCAGACGUGACCUUCCACAAGGCUCAGCCGCUGGACUUGGCAACGAGAAGUGAUGCCUUGCCGUCUGGGCCCUAGGUCUGGGUCUGGAGCCUGAGCAGAGGGCAGCCCAGCCUCGGGCUGCAGGUGGCAGGCAGUCUCUCCGCAGCCACAUGUCUGAGUUUGAGCUCGGCCGUGUCUGUACCACCACAGGGGAAAGGACAGCUGCCACUUUCAUUAAAGUUCCCCGAGACGA